AGGGAGUUAUGGGUAUUUGAUGACGUCUAUUAAACAAGUUACACUUCUAACCUUUUGCUGACGUUUGUGAGGCAGUGAAGUGUUCAGCAUUAAACUGGAGUAAGCCAAGAGAAAAGAAGUGUGAAUUUGCUCCUCAAGAUGGGAGCUUUGGUUUCUCGUUGGAGGACCAAGCCAACAACUGUGGAGGUGUUGGAGGGACUUGAUAAGGAUAUUCAAAUCCUUGAAGAGCACAGAGAAAAGAAUCAGAAACAGCUGAAGCUAUGGGUUUACAGACUACUUCUAUAUUCAACCAUUCUGUACCUGUUAGCCUGCGUUGUGGUUUAUUUGUGGUACAUCCCACAACAGUUAAUGGGAAAAGUUAUACUGGCUUCACCCUUUAUAAUAUUUCCAAUACUUGUAUGGCUUCUGAGAAAAUUGUUAAUUAUGUUAUAUUCAAGAAGGACAGAAAGAAAUGUUGAAAAAUUUGAAGAAUUGAAAGCUGAAAAAAAGAAAAUACUUGAGCAGGUGAUGGAGACGGAAACCUAUAAAAAUGCCAAAUUAAUAUUAGAGCGGUUUGAUCCAGAUUCUAAGAAAAAGUUUGAGCUGGAUGCUACACCCGUUGGGCCUCCAGUAACUCCUCGUCAAGGUCAAGAGCUUCGUCAGAGGCAUGUGACUCCUCGCCCUCCUGUUCCUGUGACUCCAAACCUAGCAGUAGCAACACGUCCUCCUCCUGGCCCAACUGCCCCUCCUGCCCUGAUCUCAGCCCCUGGUGGGCCUCCAGAGAGGAACCUGUCUACUUCAUCUCAGCACCAUAACCUGCUGAGGAGGAAUGUUACCCCCACAGGCUCCCCAUCCCCUGGUGUGGGACUGCAUCCCCCUGGCCCACCCCUAGCACGGCCUGUCUUCCCUCGUGACAGAGGAGCUUUGGACAAGCUUAUUGAAUACCUAGUAGGUGAUGGCCCUCAGAAUAGAUAUGCACUAAUAUGCCAGCAGUGUCUAUCUCAUAACGGCAUGGCAUUAAAGGAGGAAUUUGAAUAUGUUGCAUUCAGAUGUGCUUACUGCUACUUCCUGAAUCCUGCCCGGAAGACCCGCCCCCAGGCUCCACAUCUCCCUGAAUUUAGCGAUGGCAAGGCAAGCCUAGGACCACCUACUGUUCCCUUGGGGACAGACCAAGGUGCACCCACGUCUUCCCCAGAGGAUACAUCCGAGUCCCUGGGCUCUGUAGGGGAGAAGACGCUGAGUGAGCAUCAGGAGGAAAACCAAAUGGAGAAACCUGGACCUCUAGAACCAGCCACCGCACUCUCAGAACUCCCUGAAAAAUUAGAACAAGAUGAACAUGAACAAGAUGUAUCUGCUAUGGAGGUGGAAUAAAGAUAAUCUACAAAUUUUACCAGUCCCUCUGAAAAGGUGUGCAUUAUGUAACGCAUGUUUAAUGUAUUUGGGAGUUCUUAGAAGGUUUGUGGCUUUGAUUUAGUCUGGUUUGUGUAUGCUUUUUUUUUUUUUUUUUUUUUUUAAUUAUUAUUUUUUAUUUUUUUUAAACUUUAAUCUAGAGAUGAGGACAGAAAUCCAUAUAACUGCAAUAACCCUGUUCUGUUUGUGUUCAGGAAUCUUUGUGUUUUAUGUUGAUGUAACUUGUAAUCUGCAAUAUUAUGACUAUGUAAUUUCUUUAGAUUAGAAUGCACUUUUUUCUUUCAUGUUUUCAUGGAGCAGUUCUAAUAAGAGUAACUCUUCAGUAACCGUCCUCUAUUUCAAUGUAAAAGUUCAUGGGUACUGUUUAUUACUGAAUGUAUUUAACUUGUUUUUCCAACAUUAAUGCAAAAUGUCUGCUCCUUUCUGAGAAAUGUUUAAUAUGUUUAGAUGUUUACACUUUGAGUGCCUUUUUUGAUGCUAAGUAGGUUUACAGUUUUCUAUUUACCUGCAGUCCAAUGGGUUUCUUGUUUACACAGAUUAAGUUGGUCAUUAAAAAAUCUACAGCUAUUUAUUUAAUUAUAGAAUCUGUAGCUAGAGCAGUAUUAUAUAUGUAUGUGCUAUUCUAUGUAAGGUUUCUCUAAAGAAUAAAUAUGAAUUAUUUACUACA